AUGCCCACGUUAGCUCGAGAUCGUAGACCAACCUCUGGAAAAUCCACACAGAAUGCAUUCAUAUUUAAUCCGUAUAAGAAACUCGCAAAGCUUUCGCUGAACCGUGACAGACUCUCGUGUAAAAGUUGGAGAUGCAUGAAAUUGGCUUCAAGGUCGGCCAUUGAAUCGGAGAAUUCUGCAAAUUGCGGCUCCAGCGAAUUGAUAGCUGGCUGCAGUGUGUGCGUCCCGGUCGGGUUGCCUCCAAAGUUGUGUUCACGGAGGGAGGAUCUUGAGCUUGGACGGAGGGGGGUAGUUGGGCGGGAGGAAGGAAGCGGACGCGACGUCGAACGGUGGCUGUUUGGAUCCAUGGCCACUUCGCUGAAAGGACGCAAAUACAACACCACAGAGUCGAGUGCUUGA